AUGCUAGCAUUUCUGCCAAUCGCACGCAUUUCUAAGAGAAAGUGCAGCAGGAUGGACGGCGCGGUCGUGAUCCGGGCCAUGUACUUUGUCGGCGCGAUCUGCAUCGUCCUCGUCACCCUCGCGCUCGGAUGGGUCGUCGUCUGGAAGCUCAUGCUCUCCAAGAUGAAGCUCGUGCGCGAGCUCCUGGACUUGAACCCGCCGACGUCGCCGCCACCCGCGUCCAAGCCCGCGUCCUUUGACGAGCGCCUCAAGCAGUACAAGGAGAAUCCCAAGCGACGUCAAACCGGUAGUAGUUUACUUGCGCGCGAAGAGGAUUAA